AUGACCGAUUCACCAACCGGAUCCUUUUGUAAAGACGUGAGCCUCGCCACGCGCUCCGCCCACACCGCCUCCAACCGCAUCGCAAACCUCAAACUCUUCUUCGCCCUCCGCGACGCAACCCUCUUCCGCGAAUUUCUUUUAUCAUUCUACUUCCUCUACGAAGCCUUCGAGUCGGAAUGGAAGGCACAGAUGGGGACGGAUACGCGGAUGGGUCGGAUCUUGAGGGAAGCGUGGACGCCGGAGUUGGAGAGGAGUGGGAGGUUAAGACGCGAUUUGGAGUUUUAUUAUGAUCAUGACGAUAGUAUUUGGGGACGACUGACGAAGGAGAGGAGGGAGUAUGUUGAGUAUGUGCAUGAGAGGUUGAGGGAGAACCCACAUUUGGUGUUGGCGUAUGCGCAUACGCAGUACCUCGGGCUUUUUGCGGGUGGACGGAUUGUGAGGAGUAAGUUGAUGAAGAGUAUUGGGUUUUUCCCGAAGAAGGAGGGGGUUAGUGAGGAGAAAGUUGGACGAGAGGGAAUGGGAAUUUUCACCUUUGACGGCAUCAACGACAUCGCGUCCGAGAAUAACCUCCGACAUAACUUCAAAUCCAAAAUCGACCGGAUCGCGGCGGAUGAACUCACCCCAACCGAACGAGAAGAAAUCAUCGAGGAAGCAAAAGAAAUCUUCCGCCGAAACGGGAAGUUGAUGCAAGAAAUCGAGAUUAGGGGGGAGACGACGAGGAUGAUUAUGCAGAGUGCGACGAAUUAUGCGGCGAUGCUGUUUGCGGUUAUUGCGGUGCCGUAUAUUUCGUAUUUGUUCUUGGUGUAUAUUUGGUCGAAGCACUGA